AUGAACAAAUAUAAAACCAAAAAGAAAAGGUGUGCGAGCUGCAGGCGGCUCAAGAUAAAAUGUGACGGUGCUCUUCCUUGUGAGUACUGCAAUGCUACCAACCGUCAAUGUAAUUAUGACUUAUUUCCAUCUACCACUAUAGCUCAAACGAACUCGUCUUCCACCGAAACUAUUGUAUGGACUCACCAAACGUCGCUAAACUCACCCCCACGCCACAUGGGAAUCACACCGUUCCAGUACCGGCUUAUCAUGUAUUUUCAUGAAGGCUUGUUACCAGAAAAAGUCAAAGAACAACCCGUGCAAGAAAUGUGGCAGACCCAGGUUCCACGACUAUUCCACGAAUCCUCAGUAGUCCAAAAUAGCAUUUACUCACUCUCCACGUUGUGUCUUCUAGGCCGUUGUGAUUUGUCCCGGUGGAUAGAUCCUGAAAAUGUUAAUUUGGAUACCGGUUUUUUCCCUGAACCUAUUCAUGAUUUGAACAGUUUUCGGCGAUUCCUUCAAACUUCUGUUAGCCAUUUCUACAUGAAAAUGCUCGCAGAUACGUUUUCCAUCGUCGACAAGCUUAUCUCUCGAGAAAAAGUGUUGAAUACUGUCCAUGAAGCAGCUGAGGUUGUAUUUUCGGGAGCAAUGCUCUUUUCAUUUUUGGUAUUGCAAACGGAAAAAAUCGUUCCUCUUCUCAAUUCAGACCCAAACCAACCAGAUUUGAUAUCUAUGAGCUUUGGUAUGCGAGAAUCCAUGGUUUUAUGCUUUCCUCUCUUAUACCAAUCGCAGUACUCUGCCCUAUUUCAUAACGAUUUCCUUGCCAAUUCUGACGAAAAACACGAGUUUCCGUUUAUUACGUUUCUUCACAACCACCUUACUCAAUUGCAUGAAUUAGAACUGAUUUCUUCUACCAAAUUUUCCCAUUAUGAAGAAACGCUCAAAACCUUGAAUAAACUUUUCGCAGCCGCAGCCAAACAAAAGUCGUCGUCUAUUUUCUACAAAUGGAUUUUUUUCCACGACGCCGAAGUUUAUCGCUACAUGCGUGUGGAGCACGAUAAAUUUGCAUUGAAGCUUCUUUAUGCAUACAGCUGUUUGAACAUUUUCUGCAAGUUUUAUUUCCACCGAUAUUGCAACCUCUGGAUCGAUUACAUCGAAUGGUAUAAAACCCAAAGCAUGGCCACUGGAGGAUGGGAGGACUGGUUUGACGAGCUGCUUUAUGAGCUUGUUUACUCAGAAUUUUUAUUUGCUGAUGAUAAUUACGCCAUACUAUAUAGGUUUCCUGACAGCUGCAAGACAUUGCAAUACGCAGGUCGACCGUUAUAG